AUGUGGAUUGUGUACUUCAAGGGCGAGGCCUGUUAUUGGCUGCUGGGCGGUGAGGCCUACACGGUGGGCAAGAAGGACUGCCACAUUACCGUCAAGGAUGACGCGAGCAUAAGCCGCACGCAUCUCAGAAUAGAAGUUGGGCAGUUACCGGCGGCGGUAGCUGAACGACAGCCAGAGGGAAAAGGACAGGAGGAAGAGGAAAAAGAGACGCCUGGACACAUUGCCCUUACAGAUGUGUCCAAAUACGGCACUGUGGUAUCUCCCUCCUCACCGUGCAGCAGCGGGAAUGGGCAUGAAGCGAAUGAUGUUAUCACUAGGGAACUGCAGUUAUGCCGUAGUCAUGCUGGCGUAUAUGAUGCGGAGACGGAAAAAGAGGCGGAGGUGUUGCUGCUGACUUCACGCCAGAAGCUAAAUAAGGAUGAACCGUUCCAUGUGCCGUGUGAAGAACCCUCGUGGCGGGACUUUUCCAUCACCCUUGGCGCACACGGCGCAGCCCUGCGGCUGCAGUGGAUCCCAAUGCGUGUCUUUCCUCUCGCUAUCGAAGCGGAGCAAAGAGCGACGUUGGACUGCUGCCUACGCCGCUGUGGAGCCCACUUUGUGUUGGGCUUUCACAACGCGGAUUAUCUUGUCACCUCCCGUCUUACGCCGACCCCUGUUACCAUCGCUAUGUUGUGUCGCGCCGUGGAGAUUGUGACGCCCGCCUAUUUUGAGGCGUUGCAGAGUCGCCACGGACCGCACCUGCCUCUGCCAGACCCGCGCGCGUACAUGCCACCACUCGCCGAAUUCUGGUCGACGCUGUGGAAUGACGCGACGAGCGACGACGGCGGUGGGGGGCCCUCGCAGGUACAAGCGAGAAACGAAGAUCCCAACGGACUGAGGCUGCUGUAUCCACCAAAUCGGCUGGAUCGUCGGCGGCUGUUUGCCAACCUCACCUUUGUUACUGUGCAGCGAUCGCUUUAUGAGGAGGUUCGAAACUUUAUUUCGUGUGCCCAAGGGCGAGUGGUGUUGGAUGAGUCUUUGCAGCAUUCUAACAAUAACGAACAUGGCGAUAAGGUCGUUGGAUAUUUCUACACCGAACACCAUCGUGAUGUUGUGCUGUACAACAGCCGCGAGCGGCUUCCGCUUCGGCACUUUCUGCAUGUUAUACGGGACCAACUUGGGCUCUGCUGCGUGGAGUACUUUGACAUCAUCAAGAGCAUCGCCCACGCGGCGCCACUCACACUGACCCCCUUUCCCACGAACCCCUUCCCGCAGCUGCAGAAGCUGGCUAAAAAGGAGGAGGCAGUGGAAACAGGACGAAAGGUGACUGCUGGGAAGAAGCGGGCGCAUGCUCCUACGAGUCCCGGUGGAAGGCGCACAGACCCAACGCCUCUUUUUCGUGACGCACCGAGUGAUACUGAGGCAGGUGCGGCAGCUGUUGGCGAUGAUCAGCAGGUAACAAAAAAUACCAAAAACGGAGAUGGCGUGGGUGGUUGGAUCUCCCGCGAGCUUACUGCAUAUCCCGACGCAAAGGAUCUCAUUGUGGUGGGUCCGCCUCCCCUGCCGCCGUAUCCAUGUUUCCAGCCGUACGGCAGCAGUGCAGGUGGCAGCCCUGCUGCGGGGUGCACAGCUGCGGGUUCAACCGAUACGAAGCGUUUUGUCAAACAGCAGCUCACUGUGAGCAGCGAGACGGUUGAGAUGGAGCGAUUAACGAGUCUGCCUGGCCACACAGUGCUGUCCACAACGCGCGCCAUCGACGCCGAUGACAUCAUUCCAGAGACGUUGGAGGCGUCAACGGGGCGGUUGAACGAAUUGCGUUUCAACGCCUUUGACGCCACGGCGCACCACCAUCGGCAGCACAGUAGGACAGCAGCCACAAGACGAGGUGUGGGAAGACGUGUUGUGGCGCCCGCGAUGACGCCGACCGUGACGGCAGCGAGGAUGGCGGACUUGGGAGAUGGCGGGGUCUGUGCGCCAACGAAUAUGGGGAACCGCAAAAGAGCUAGCGGUGUCCCUGUGAACAUCUUUGACAUUGAGGGUCUUUUCUAA